ACGCCGGCCUCGGAGGUGAUCCGGCGGGGCGAGCUGGAGAAGCGGAGCGACAGCCUCUUCCAGCUGUGGAAGAAGAAGCAGGUGGUGCUGAGCAAGGACUGCCUGAGCCUCUUCUCGCCCGAGGCGGGCGGCGGCGUGGGCGGCGGGGGGAUCGGGGCCCGGGCCAAGGAGCUGCCCUUCGGCUCCAUCCAGAAGGUGGACUGCGUGGAGCGCACCGGCAAGUACGUCUACUUCACCAUCGUGACGACGGACGGCAAGGAGAUCGACUUUCGGUGCCCGGGCGAGAGCUGCUGGAACGCCUCCAUCACCCUGGCCCUCAUCGACUUCCAGAACAAGCGCGCCAUCCAGGACUUCAAGAGCCGCCAGGAGGCCGCCGAGCAGGCCGCCGCCGGCACCCGC